GCAUUCGCGAUCUGAGCCCAACAAACAUCUUUAACUGAACCUACCUACACCUUUGUCUGAAGCAUCGCCUCGAACCGCACCACCGUCCUAGCAACACAUAGCCACCAUGUCUCUCAAGAACGACGACUUCCCCUCUUCCGCUGCCUUUGACGAGAUCUCGCGAGCCCUCUCCGCUUCCGACGCCGACCGUAAAGACGCCGUCAAGAACGGCAAGGCCAUCUUUGCGUUCACACUCAAGAACAAAGCCGGUACACAAGAGUCAUGGUAUAUUGAUCUGAAAGAGACUGGCACUGUUGGCAAGGGUACUGCGCCCGAGGGCAAGAAGGCUGGCACCACGCUGGUGUUGAGCGAUGAGGACUUUGGAAAACUAGUCUCUGGUAAUGCGAAUGCGCAGAAACUCUUCAUGAGUGGGAAGCUCAAGGUGAAAGGAAACAUCAUGGGCGCGACGAAAUUGGAACCGGUUCUCAAGAAGGCGCAGACGAAGGCUAAGCUAUAAGCUUGCACUUCAGAUGGAGCACAGCCGCACUCAAAUAUCAAUCGAAACACAUAGCGCAUUUAUACCACAAUAUUGCAAUUGUAUAUCUAUUACUGAGUUCGAUUGCCUUAUCAGCUUUAUCCGCCUUUGGCCAUGCAUCGUCCUUCCUGUCCGACGCUGCUACUGUAGCCGCACUAGAGCAACAUCUGUUAUUCAUGAGACUUCUGCCGUACUUGGAAUUUGAUGC